AUGGCUGAUCGAAGAGUUGGUAAGCGUUCAAUGGAUCAUAGAGGUUUUUCAAAAGUGGAGUCUGGAACUUGUGAUGUUUGUUCUGCUCCUUGUUCAUCGUGCAUGCAUCAUAACGUAGGUUUCGGAGGAUCAAAAUCGGACGAGUCAUCAGAUGAAAACUGCCGUGGAGUAGCUGACAGCCAGUGUUCUGUAAACGAGGGCGGUCGGUUACCUUCUAACAUGGUGAAUGCUCGCAACGGUUCAAAUCACACUGCUAGUGAAACUAGCAACAUUGUUGAUUCCAAUCAAGAUACUACUCUCUCUGAGAAUGCUGAGAGUAAGGAGAGUAUGAGAUGUUCUGGGAUAUCAGAUGAUGCCGGAGCUGUUGCAAUGAAUUCGGAGACAUCUUUUUCUGGGACUGGGAGCAGGGGGAAAGAUAAAGUGUCUGAGUCAGCUAAUGUGUUAGAUCAAAGCUCUAACAGUAAAGAAGGCCAAGAAGAUGGGAUAUUAUCUGAUGAUCAAACCAAAAUAUUGAAUUGUGAUUCAAUUCUGAGUGGACCUAGGAAAGAGCAAGAUUCUACAAUGAUAGAACCUUCUAAUGAUCUUCCAAAUGAAGUGAAAUCACAAUCUUUGCAUAACCCACCAUCCAAUCAUGAUGAGAGAAGCAGUUCAGAGCAGGAAAAUACUAAGGAAAGAUCAGGAUCCGGGGGUAACAAAGACAAAGGGAAAUCUUCUGUUGAAGGUUCUACACCUUCUGGCCAGAACGGGAAGGACGCAAAGUCAAGUAAAGGCACUUCCGGAAACAAAUCAGAUGAGUCAAUCCCGUCAGCUAUGUCUGAGAGCGAGAGCGAAGAUUCUGUCGAUGUUAAAGUUUGUGAUAUAUGUGGAGAUGCGGGUCGUGAAGAUUUACUCGCUAUCUGCAGCAAAUGCAGUGAUGGUGCAGAACACACCUACUGCAUGCGGGAAAGGCUCGAUGCAGUUCCUGAGGGUGAUUGGCACUGUGAAGAAUGCACGUUUGCUGAGGAAGCUGAAAAACAGAAGCAAGAAGCUAAGAGAAAAGGAGAAACUGAGGUAACUCUCAAUACACAUAGCUCAGGUAAAAGGCACGCAGAUAAAAUUGAGGCAGCUCCAGAUGCUAAAAGACAGACGGUUGAGGGUUUAACUGGGUCACCCAAGAAAUCUAUUCUCCCCAGAAUAGGUGCGUUAUCUCGGGAAACAUCAUUCAAGGGCUUAGACAGGUCAAGGGGAAAGCUAAAUCAUCAAGCAUCUUUCAGUGAUGGCACAGAAGGUGCACGAUCUACUGGUUCACAGCUUCAACCUCCAAAAGGUGCUUUUUUGAAAUCCAGUUCCUUCAAUUGUUCGAGCUCGAAACCGAGAGUGCAACUUAUGGAUGAUGUUAUUGUCCCAAGACAGAAGACUGGGAAAGAAUAUACUUCACUUGAUAGAAAGGAGGGUGGUCUAAGACAUGUAGGCAAAUCUAUGUCAAGUAGAACAACUGACGCUGGGAAUUCUAGUGGAAACGACUCGCAAGCAAAAAUGCUUCCUUCGAAAACUUAUCAUUCACAAGAAGGCAAAAGCUCAAAGCAACUGAAAGAUCGUAGUACAGAAGCUAAUGCGUCAGCAUCCUCUCCACGCGGCAAUUCGUCAGCUUCAUAUGCAAACAGUAGCCGUGAUUUGAAGGGUUUGCAGUCUGAUGGUAGACGAAGUAGCUUGACGAAGCAAGUCAGCAAUUUAAACCGGAGCCGUCUAGAAAAUUCUGUUGCUUUUGGAGGUGAUCUUUCGACAAAUGAGAAGUGCAGUGCCAGCGAGCUAAGUUCAAGUCAAGCCGACUGUAAAGAUGAACUGCCAUCCACUUCUUGCUCGGAUGAGGGUGUGCCAAGCCACGGUAAUGGAGCUUCACAGCGGCCCAAGGAAUAUAGAGAGGUAGGGAAGAAAAGCAAAGAAGCCUUUGGUAAGCGCCAGAGAUCCAGCCUGUUAUCUGGAACAAAAGGCUUACCAUCAUCUCAAAAGGGAGGCCAGACUACAGAAUCUAGCGACACCUCAGGCGUUUCUGAUAGUGAUCCCUCUACCACAAAAAAUGUUAGGGAGGAUAUAAAUAAGGGUAAUAGGUUGCGAGCAGCAGUAGAUGCUGCUCUUCGUAAAAAGCCCAACUUUGGCAAGAACAGAGCAUUGGAGCAAUCUGAUGGGUCUUUGGUAUCUAAUGUGGAUUCUAGUUCUGAUAAGACUCCACGAAAUCAACUGCCUUCAAAGAUGCCUACAAAUCUAUGGCCUGCUUCUGACCCGUACAAACAGACAAUUGUAACAAAUGAGAAGCCGCUUGUAGUCUCUGGAGCUGAGGUCAAGCCCCCACGUUCUCUGGAACUUGAAGUUAAUUAUCCCUCUGUCAAGCCUGUCACGAGAGAUUGGCCAUUAGUAACCCCACCUUCUCUGUUGAGAAGCUCAGCCAUUCCAGACCAUGAGUCUAUAUGGCAAGGGGACUUGGAGGUGCGGAAAACUAGAUAUCAAUCAGCUAUGCAUAGCGGAAUGCAAGCACAUCUAUCAACUUUAGCAUCACCCAAGGUUGCUGAAGUGGUGAAUAAAUUUCCUGAAAAGUUUAGCUUGAUUGAAGUACCACGGCUAAGUACAUGGCCUGCACAAUUUCAAGAUAUAGGUACUAAGGAAGACCAUAUAGCUCUAUUCUUCUUUGCAAAGGAUGUUGAGAGUUACGAGAGAAAUUAUAAGCCUCUGGUAGAUACCAUGAUCAAAAGAGAUCUAGCCCUGAAAGGAAACCUUGAUAAUGUUGAGCUUUUGAUUUUUGCAUCCAACCAGCUUCCUCCGAAUUGCCAGCGUUGGAACAUGUUAUAUUUCCUUUGGGGUGUCUUCCGAGGAAGAAAAGAGAUUUCCACUAACCCGCAAAACAACACAUCUUUGCCUACUUCAAAUGUCAUACCGCGUGACCGAGACCCCAAUGACUCGUGCCAAACGAGUUCUCCUUCCAAGCAUUUGGAGAAGGUGCCUCCUCUGCGUGAGAGCUCACACAACAUAGUUGAAACUCAAAAUAAGACAGAUGUAUUUAGCCAUGAGAAUCCAAGUGACAGAGAAUCCUCUAUUGAGCGAUCAUCGAGCACAAAGGAGGAAAAUGUUGUUAAAGAGGACGAACCAGGUGUGAAUCAUAUUCCUUGCCAAGCUACUGGAUCAAAUUCUGGAGAUAGUCUAGUGAAGAAGGUUCAGCAAAUUGAAGAACAAGAGUUAGGUGAUAGAAAGGAUCUGCCUUCGACUGUCUCCGGAUCAGAUAUCCAGUCCCGUGGCCAAGACAGUCCUAUAGGAAAAGAUGUCAACUGUAGUCAGGCUAAUCACAGGAAGCGUGCAAUUUGGGAAAUGACAAGACCCGCCGCCGAGAACCAGAAAGUGGAGCUCAGUAAUGACAGUUUAUGCGAAGGAUCUCCAAGUAAGAAGCAGAAGACAGAAAACGAAAGCAGCAGCCAUUCCCGGGAUACAUCUGGUGGUAAUGAUUCCGGGAUCAUGAAGAAGAGUCCCGAAGUCGUGUUCCCUUUGGACUUGAAUGUGGAAAGAGAAGACAUUGAAAUGGUCGAUGAUCUCAUUCCACUUAGCAACAACAACGACAAGAGACAGUUAAGCGGUACGGUCCCGAAUCUCGAGCUGGCACUAGGAGCUGAAGAAACAAGUCAAGACACUAUGGGACUAUUACCCUUCUUAGCUGGAAGAAGAAGCAACUCUGGUGAACAAAGUAGUAGCAGUAGUAUGAUGAACAAAGAAAAAAUGAAAGAAGAAGAAGAUGGUGAAGACGUGGCGGACGCUGGUUCUCUCUCGUUGUCACUCUCAUUUCCGGGAGAGGAGAGGAAGAAUGUGAGUACUCCCAUGUUUCUGUUCAGAGACCUUACCAGAUAA